CCGCCUUCCGGCUGCGCGGACUCUGCUCCACGCGCGCUCCCGGCAGGCCAUGGCUCCGCUGCGCUUCUCGGCCAACGUGUCGUGGCUGUUCCCCGAGCUCCCCGGCCUCCCCGCGCGGCUCCGAGCCGCGGGCAGUUCGGGUUUUGAGGCGGCCGAGGUCGGCUGGCCGUACGGGGAGCCGCCGGAGGCGCUGGCGCGCGCGGCGCGGGAAGUGGGGCUGCAGCUCGUGCUGAUCAACACGCCCCCGGGAGACCGAGAGAAAGGGGAGAUGGGUCUGGGGGCCGUUCCCGGGAGGCAGGCGGCCUUCCGAGAUGGGCUGGAGCAGGCUGUGCUGUACGCCAAGGCUCUGGGCUGUCCCAGGAUUCACCUGAUGGCUGGCCGAGUGCCCCAGGGGGCUGAUCGAGCAGCAGUCAGGGGUGAAAUGGAGACGGUUUUUCUGGAGAACCUGAGGCACGCAGCUGGGGUUUUGGCUCAGGAGAACCUUGUGGGGCUGCUGGAACCCAUCAACACCCGCAUCACGGACCCCCGGUACUUCCUGGAUACGCCCCAGCAGGCGGCAGCCAUCUUAGAGAAAGUUGGAAGACCCAACCUCCAGUUACAGAUGGACAUAUUCCACUGGCAGAUCAUGGACGGGAACCUGACAGGGAACAUCCGGGAGUUCCUGCCCUUCGUUGGGCACGUGCAGGUGGCACAGGUCCCGGGCCGAGGGGAACCCAACAGCCCUGGAGAGCUGAACUUCCCCUAUCUGUUCCAACUGCUGGAAGAUGAAGGCUACAAAGGCUUUGUGGGCUGCGAGUACCAGCCUCGAGGAGACACGGUAGAGGGCUUGAGUUGGCUACGUUCGUACUGGGAUAAGCGGGGCCGCCCACAGGCUGGCCAGUGAGGUCCUGCGCUCCAGCCACACACCUCUGGGACGGUGAGCUGCACAUCCCGAGCCUCCUCUGAAUUAAAGACAAUCUGCUGAAGGUU